AUGUACGACAGCUUGGUUUGUGUGUUGGUUGUGUCCUGUGUUCACUUUGUGGUUCACUCUUCCCUACCGCAGCCCACAAUUAAUGUGGUCGAUGUGGACGGUGGACCCGUGAUCGUUCGAUGGUUCUUCCCCUAUGAAGAAGGCGUAAUCAGACACUACAUCAAUUAUACCGAUGGGAUGAAGGAGUACAUAGAGGAAGCUCCUGGAAACGAACGGCAACUGACAUUACAUUCCACGAGACCAUGUGCUACGUACAGUGUGCAAGUAUUGACUCAAACAUUUAAUGGGACCUCACCGAUAUCUGAUCCGUUUUCCUUCACAACGAAGAGCUUAGCUAAACUGUUGCCACCGACCGGAUUGUUUGUGCAGGAGGUGCCCGAUGGAAGAAUACUACAUUGGGAACCAAGGAACUCGCAAUAUGAGGUGCUCAAAUACAGGGUCAUUGGUCACGGAGCGGACGACGAAGUGAUUGAAGAAGAUGUGUCUGGUGACAAGACGGAAUUAAUGUUGGAUAAAUUUCAUCCGGAACGCGAAUACAAUGUUACAGUGAUUGCCGAAAAUUUCUGUGAAGUCCCUAAUGCGCCCAAAAUUGAUCGAAUCAGUCCGUCUCCCAAUGGAUUCGUUCUAACUUGGUCCGCAGAACGAAUGGGCACAUUGCUGAGUCAUCGUGUUUCAUACGAAGAUGAAUAUGGCACCGCCCACACAGAAUGGGCAGCUGGAGCAGAUCGUCAAGUUGUCUUGCGUCGUAUGCAAAAGUGCCGUGUGUAUGAUGUUCAAAUGUGGGCCGAGAACAAGUGUGGGCUUUCACCCGCGUCUGAGCUGAUGACCUAUCAGGUGGAACCUCCGACUGCCCCUAACGAACCGAAAAACAUAGAACUGAGUGGAACCACCGAGGCACUAAAGGUGAGCUGGACGAAGCCGGACACCUUGCAAGAGACCACUGACACCGACAUUUUGCUCGUGGAUGGACGAGGUGGUUCCCGCACAUAUUGGGCUCCUGGUGAUGCUGACUCAUUUGUUCUUCAGAACCUACUCCACGACCUGAAUUACACUAUCCUCGUCUCCUUAGGCAACGCAUGUGUCCUUGAUCCACCGAUGGCGUCCAUCGUCCAAGCUACGGAGACCACCAUCUUACUGCAGAUUGAACCACCAAUAAACGGCACCGACGUGAAUAGUUAUCUCAUCAAUUACACCACUCCGUAUGGAUACGAAAUUAUUCCAGGGGUGACGGAUGUCUCGACGUACCUCGAGUUACACAAAGGGCUUGCAAUAUGCUUUAACCAUUCAAUUAGCGUGUAUCUCACAAAUGGACCAAUUUACUCCCAACCAACGAUUUUGUAUGCGCAGCUACUAUCUAAAGAAGUCCCUAAAGCGCCCAAAAUUGAUCGAAUCAGUCCGUCUCCCAAUGGAUUCGUUCUAACUUGGUCCGCAGAACGAAUGGGCACAUUGCUGAGUUAUCGUGUUUCAUACGAAGAUGAAUAUGGCACCGCUCAUACAGAAUGGGCAGCUGGAGCAGAUCGUCAAGUUGUCUUGCGUCGUAUGCAAAAGUGCCGUGUGUAUGAUGUUCAAAUGUGGGCCGAGAACAAGUGUGGGCUUUCACCCGCGUCUGAGCUGAUGACCUAUCAGGUGGAACCUCCGACUGCCCCUAACGAACCGAAAGCCAUAGAACUGAGUGGAACCACCGAGGCACUAAAGGUGAGCUGGACAAAGCCCGACACCUUGCAAGAGACCACUGACACCGACCUUUUGCUCGUGGAUGGACGAGGUGGUUCCCGCACAUAUUGGGCUCCUGGUGAUGCCGACUCAUUUGUUCUUCAGAACCUGCGCCACGACCUGAAUUACACUAUCCUCGUCUCCUUAGGCAACGCAUGUGGUUGGUCGCAAUUCAGUAAAAGAACCUUUUCAUUUGACUCUAGUGGGGAGUUGGUAAUUGCUUGAAGCUGAUGUAAAAUCUAUAUCACUAAACCCGUGUAGCCGUACACUUUGUCUGUUGCUUUCA